AGAAGCUCAGCCCUGGGGAAAUGCAUUGAGGAGGGGCGGAUGCUCUUUUUCAGCUAGCUUCGCUGCUGCCACAACUACAAAGAAAUGGUCAUCACUAAACAAUUUCCUGGUCACAUGCCAGGGAGCAUCACUUGGAGGAUUCAUCCGUGCCUGUGUGACAGACUGAAGCGGGUCUGGAGGAACAUUUAGUCUCUCAGAGGACAGCAAGCAAGCAGGAACCGUGACUCUUAAUACCUCCAAAAUGAACCACACCAGCUGCAAUAUCACAGCCUAUGAAAACUUUCCGCUUGUCCAGCUCUGUGUUUACAUCCCGGUUUUCCUUUCGGGCAGUGUGCUGAAUGCACUGGCGCUGUGGGUGUUCUGCUGCAAACUCGGCAAGUGGACAGAAACUAGAGUGUACAUGUCCAACUUAGCUCUGGCUGACUGCCUACUGCUCUUUACUUUGCCUUUUAAAAUACUCUCCCAUUUCUAUCGACUGAAGGUGGAUAGAUGGUGUCUGUUUCUGGAAGGUGCCUAUUUCAUCAACCGUUUAAUGAGCAUCAGUGUAAUCACUGUUGUAGCAGCUGACAGAUAUCUCACAAUCAAGUAUCCUUUGAAAGCCAAGAUGCUGAGGUCUCCACUGAAGGCAGCUCUUGCCUCUGGAUUUCUUUGGAUAGUCAUCAUCUGCAUGAUAUCCCUCAUUAAAAAAUUAGAGGCUCGAGAGCAAGGUGAACUUUGCUUUGAGAAGUUUUCCAUAGAGCCCUCAGUGAUCACAUUAUGUGCUAUUAUUGGAGGGUUUUUCAUACCACUGAUUAUCUUGAGCUUUUGCUCCAUACAAGUCAUUGCAGAACUCACGAGAAAGAAAAAUGAAAACCGUCACCAAGAAAAGUUAAUCAAGAAGGCUGUCUACAUUGUUUCUACAAAUAUGGCUGUGUUCAUCCUAUGCUUUUUGCCUCUUUACCUUGGGCAUCUCCUUCGCUUUAUAAUGGACUCCACCAGCUCCAGCUGCUCUGCAAUACAAAGGGUUAACAAUUUUGUUCACCUCGCCUCAAUCCUUGCAAACAUGAACUGCUGCCUGGAUGCCAUUUGUUAUUACUUUGUAAACAAGGAAUUUAAAGAAGCAUCUCCCAAGCUAGCAAAGUCCAGAUCUGAAGCCAGUGAAGUAGCUGAAACUCAGCUCCCAUGCCUAACACAUUAGUGCAAAAUACAUGCAAUACAUGCUUUAUACUUUCUAUUUCCAGGUUCAACUGGGACUUAACAGCAGGUUUUCACACUUUCAGUCUCUGCAUACACAACGUAAAGAGUGUGAUGGAGGGACUUUCUGCUAAUGGGAAUGAUUCAGACACACGAAAACUGGCACUGAUUCUAUCAACCAUACCAGUCCAGAUCCUGAUGCAAUGAUCUAGGUGGCCACAGAUAAUUCUCUGCCUUAUGCAAAUUUGAGUAAAACGAUAGUUUUUUACUGUAAAAAGGGUCUCUCAUUUUCACUGAAAACCAAAGCAAGUACAGCCAGUGGCACAGCUUUUUUGUUUCACUUUGGAGAGUUUUUAUGCAGCUGACAGAGAAACAGAGAUUCUUUCUUCCAAAUAUCAAACAAGAAAAAAAUCCUCAAACUGAAACCAUUGCAGAAAAAAAAGGCGGAUGUUUCUAUAACUUGCAAAUUUUGGGGGUCUUUGGCAGGUAAUAAAUGCUCAAUCACAGUAGCGGAGGCACAUUUAUCCUGCUUUAGCCAAGUUUACAGCAUCAUUCAUACCAUGUAAUAGCUGGAAAUUUGUCAUCAACUGCAAUACAAGGUCUGAAGAAUUUGAAAUUGUACUGUACAAAAACUUUACCCUGAAAUCAUUUGAGUCGAAUGGCAUUACCAUUACUAUCCAAAAAGUUGGGGGGGAUGAUGAGAACUAUGUAUUAGGGGUCUCUUCAGUGUCAUAAGGUAAAGACUUGCCUAAAGAAUCA